AUGAAGGGACGUAAUAUUUUUGAGAUUGCAAUUGAAGAAAGACAUGAAAAGAUUUUUAUGUUGGUACAUGAAAUGAAUGAGCAUAAGAAAGAUAUGAUAUACUUAAGAGAUGAUUCUGUUAAUAAGAUCUUGCAUUUGUCUGCCAAGUUGUCUUCUGCCUCCAAUCAACUUCAACCGGUGGAUUGUGAAGCUUUACAAAUGCAAAUAGAAGAGGUGGAAACCAUUGCACUACCGAUUUACAAGUUAUUAAGAAACAAAGAUGGGAAGACGCCCUUUGCAUUGUUUACAGAGCAACACAGGGAUUUAAUGAAUAAAGUGAAGCAAUGGAUGAAAGGAACAGCCAACUCCUGCAUGUUAGUGGCCACCCUUGUUGCCACCGUGAUGUUUGCUGCGGUAUUUACUGUACCAGGCGGGAUUUACAAUGACAGUGAUAGUCGAGAUAUAGGCAUCCCAAUAUUCCUGUACAGGAAUUCGUUCAUAUUGUUUGUUGUAGCAGAUGCGGUAUCUCUCUUCUCAUCCACCACACCAGUUGUCGUGUUUUUAACCAUCUUAAAUUCACGAUAUGCAGCAGAAGAUUUUCUCAAGGCAAUACCGGAGAAGUUGAUAAUAGGUUUUUCCACUCUAUUCAUAGCUAUAGCCACCAUGUUGAUAGCCUUAAGUGCUACACUUUAUAUUGCACUUGAGGGCAGAUUUGGAUGGAUUCCGGUUGUUCCCAUAGUAGCAUUAGCUUCUCUUCCUAUUAUCUCGUUUGUAGCCUUGCAGAUUCCGUUGUUCGUUGACUUGUGCUACACCACAUAUGGACGCAGCAUCUUCCACAGAAAAAGACAUUGA